CUCAAAUCCCGAUGGCGAACACAAGAAUUGGAUCCAAAACCCCAAAUCUGGGUAAAAAACGUGAAAAUUCGGAGACGUUUGGGUGAAAUUUGGAUAAAAUGACCAAAAAUUGAGGCUGGGGAGAAAUUUGGGGGAAUAAAUGGAAUUUUGGGGGAAAUAAAUGGAAUUUUUGGGACCCUGGGGAUAAACCACGGCGUUCUGGGCGGGUUUGGGUGGAUAAAAUGGAAUUUUGGGGGUAAAAAUUGGAAUUCUUGGGUAAAAAAUUGGAAUUUUGGGGGCAUUUUGAGUGGCGGGCGCUUGUGAGUAAAUUCUCGCUUCCCAUUGGCCGCCGGGCCUGUCAAUCAUAGAUUUCAUGGCUGCCAUUGGUUAAUUCCCCUUGUUAAGGCGGGACGCGCGUAAUCCCGCCUUUCUCCUUCCCUAUUGGUCAGUUUAUCUCCUUUCCGCAAUCUGAUUGGUUGCAGUACUUGUCAAUCAUUUCUUCACGGCUGCGCGGGAGUAUUUCCGCGUUGGGCGGGACUUUCUCGGCUUCUCGCCUUUUGAUUGGCCGCCGAGUGGCGCGGCGCGCUCUGAUUCGCUUUUAAAGCUGUCAAUCAUUUCCUCCCCGCUGUCUGCUGAGGGCGGGACUCUUUCGCGCUUCUCGCGCUCUGAUUGGUUCAUGAGCGGGACUCUUCCGCGUUUCUCGCGUUCUGAUUGGUCGCUGCGUGGCGGGCCGCGCUCUGAUUGGCUGUUCAUUUCCCCCUCACGCUCAUUCCCAACAUGGCGGCGUCGGAGGCGGUCGCGCUGCUGGAGACGCUGCGGGCGCAGGCGGCGGAGGUGGCGGCGCACGGGCGGGAACUGCUGCGGAGAGUGCGCGGGGGGCGCCUGGAGACCAGAGAGGUGCUGGAGAAGCUCCGCCCCCUGGAGCAGCGGCUGCGACACCUCCUGGAGAAGCUGCUGAGGGCGGCGGCCGCGGGGGGGCGUGGCGCCGAGGACCCGCUCAGCUUCCGCCCCGCCCCCUUCAACAUGGCGGCGCAGGAGGAUGAGGAGGAGGAGGAUGAUGAAGGCCGAGGGGGCGGAGCCAAAGCGCCGGGGCUGGGGGGGGGGCGGCGCUACGUCCCCCCACGCCUGGUGCCCGUGGCCUGCGACCCCCCUGAGGAGCCGGAGCAGCGUUCCCGCCUCCGCGCCUGGCGCCGGGCCCUGACCCUGUUCGGACGCCACUUCUCCCCCAUUUUUUCCCCAAAUUUCACCGUUUUUUCGCCAUUUCUUACCCGAAUUUCACCGUUUUUUCACUGUUUUUUCGCCAUUUUUUCCUAUUUAACCAAUAUUUUCGUUUUUCACCCCAUUUUAGACCCCCAGGAGCAGCCGGAGCAGCGUUUCUGUCUCCGGGCCCAGCACUGGGCCCUGACCCUGUUCGGACGCCACUUCUCCCCUGUUUUUUACCCAAAUUUCGCCGUUUUUUCACCAUUUUUUCUCCAAAUUUCACCAUUUUUUCACCGUUUUUCCCCUUUUAACCAAUAUUUCCGUUUUUCACCCCAUUUCAGACCCCCCUGAGGAGCCGGAGCAGCGUUCCCACCUCCGGGCCCAGCGCCGGGCCCUGACCCUGUUCAGACGCCAUAUUUUAUAUUUUCCCCCAUUUUAAUCUUAUUUUUUACCAUUUUCUCCCUUUUUUUU